GUCCCGUGCGGCGGUCCGAGGCUAGUUCGGGUCCGUGUCCUCGCGUGACUCGCAUCUUGCAGCGUGGCGUCCGUGGCGGUCCCUCCCGGUGCCCAAAAGGACUUGAAAACUUUGGCCCUCUGCCCCAUUCCUUUGGUGUUUAAACCCGGCUGCCAACUUCCUGAUCUCCACAUGCAGUCCGUCGAUGCAAGUUCCACUCUGCGAGGCCAGGCAUCAUGUCUACGAGGCCAAAUCCGCAACCACCUGUCGAGGGCAGGCCCAACAACCAUGCUACGAUCAUGGGGGUUCAGGGUUUCCUUACCGGAUUCGCGCUGUCCGUCGUCGCGCUGCGCGUCUGGGUUCGCCGAACGGUCCUCAAGACAUUUAGCUGGGAUGACUGGUUCAUCUUGUUGUCGGCUCUCUUCUCUAUAGGCGUUCUCGUAUGUUUCGUGGGGGUCAUUCUUAAUGGCGGUGGUCAUUACACAUCGGAUCUCGGCGUGCCCGAGGAGUGGGAGGCUCUACAGCACUGGGAACACAUCCUUCUUGUCAUCAACAUCACGGGGGUCAGCGUCGUCAAGAUCUCGGUCUGCCUCGCCCUUCUGCGCUUCCUAUUCGGUCGGUGGUACCGGAGAUUCCUCAAAUUUCUUAUUGCGUUUAUUAUAAUCUUUACCAUAUCUACCGAAGCGCCCCUUAUCUUUCGAUGCUGGCCGAGGUAUUACAUUUGGGCUAUCGAACGACCGCCAGGGGUUUGCAUACCUACUGAUAAAUUCCUAAUCAUCGCAAACCUCAACGCCUCCAUCAACAUCGUCACCGACGCCACCCUCGUUCUGCUACCGUUGCCAACGAUCAUCACCCUGAGAGUUAAUAUCCAGACCAAGGCAUCGCUCCUUGGCGUGCUAUUCAUUGGCUUCUUUGCCACUGCCGCUGCCAUCGUCCGCGCCGUGUUUGCCAACGUGCCGGCUCAGAUCAGCGACUCUUGGUCGCUGAAGUUUUAUGUGUGGAACUCGGUCGAGCUCAACCUAGGAAUCAUCGCCGCUUCGCUUCCAACCUUGCGCCCCUUGUUCUCAGGCUGGCUAGAAAGCACCGCCUCCCGCUUCCGCUCCCGGUCGGGGGGGUCUUCUUCUCGUUCAGCCGCUGCUGAUACGGAAGGUGCUGAUGCAGCCGGGAUAAGCAACGUCAGCAGCAACAGACAAGGCCGCGGCUCUGUCCAUAAGCAUGGAUAUCGAAAACAGCGCGAAGCCGAAGUCUAUGCGAUGGAUAUGGCCCGAGAGUGGAAAGGAAGCUUGAAGAACAACGCUCCUGUGAUUAGUAGCUCGAGGACGGCUUACGGAUUGGAGAAUAACAGCAGUGAGGAGGAAAUCUUGGCGUCAUCGGGUAGCCACAGAGUGACAGGCGGGAUCACGAAGCACGUCGAAAUCGCGAUUCAGAGAAGUGACGUUUAGGCAGCAGGGCAGCUUCACGGGGAGCAAUGUUUGUAUCAGUGAUCGAU